CCUUAGACAUGAUAGUCGCCCAUCGGUUUGAAGCUCUGUAUCUAAACGCACUAAUGCAAAAGUAUGUGUCUUUAGCUGAUUUUGGGAGGCAAAAUUCGUCAAGAUUGUUUAUAGAAGGUGCCUCGCAAAUUUCCAUUCUCUCUUUCCCUUUCUCUUUUCACCCACGUACAGACACUUCGACCUUCUACUUGAUUUCUUCAAGUGUUACAUUUCAACAUCUCACCAAUACAGAGGACAUCUUAUUGUCCUAACAAAGUAAGUACCUCUUCCAUUCGUACUGCAUUUAUUCCUAUAAUUUCUUAGAUGGGCAUUAUCAAGUCGUUGUACAAACUACAAAAACUGUGUUUUUAUGCUGUACUACGAAUUGCAAUUCAAAACAGGACACUUCCAAGUCUUGAGUUCAUUUGGGACAUUUAAAUCAUGUGGGAUCUUUGAAUUCGUUAAAAUACUCGAAUCAUUCUCAAAGUUUAAAAGCCUUUCCAACAUUCAACGGUAUGAAAUGAUUCCGCAAUUCCGGGGUAUACAUUGUCCCAGAUUUUAGACUCAAUUUGAACUUGAAUGUUUGAGUAGGAUUCAUUGCUUUAACUGGUUUGAAUGUUUCAUUUGGAUUCAAGAACUGAAGAGCUCCGUACAAAAGUUCCGUUUCAAUUUAACAAGUAAGCUAACAAUAACUGUGAUAUAUAUAGUCUUACACCAAGAAUCAAUCGUAAAGGAUUGAAUUUAGCGAAAAUGAAUACCCAUUCAUCUGCCUCCGGUGCGCCCUGUUCUGGAGUCGGCACCAUGCUCCGCUUGAGCCCCAGCUCAGAAGAUAGUAGUGGCGACUCUCACCGCCAUUGCAUUGGGCUCUUCGAAUGUGACAUGUGUGCUCAAUAUUUGAAGAGUGUCGUCGUAGAUGGAGGUGAACCUCUCAACGAGGAGGGUCUUGCCGCAGCCAAGAUUUUGGCGAGCUUGGCGCAAGAUGGGUCUAGGGACACGACUGCCCAAGACAAUAGGAACGAGUAUGCCACAGGGUAUGCUCUUGAUGGAGAAGACAGAUUGUAAGUCAUAUGUUUCCUGAGUGCAAAUUGUUCAAUAGUCCGGAUUGGAUCUAAGCUUUUGAUAUCUGAAAACAUUUUGAUAUUGGAAGUGAAUUCAACAUUUUAAAUUGUAUGAAUAAUUUAAAGCAUUUUGAAUUUCCCAAAGAAUUUCAUUGCUCAAAGAUCUCAUAUUGUUUGAUUGCAGCCCGGACUAUUGGCCAAACUAUUCUGGUGUCGAGCCACUGCUAACAUGUUGCAGGCACGGCUCUAUGUUUGAGCAUGGAGGAUCUGGCGGGGCGGCGCUUGGUAGAAUGGCACCUGUUCAACCAAUCCACCAGACAAAAUCUGGCGCCGGUGCUUUCCGAAGUAAGAGGGCGGAAGGGCAAGGAAAGAGUUCCGCCCCGAGCCCCGAGAAAGCCCAAGUAAAGAAAGCCGCUCGGGCAAGAGCUACCGGCGUCAAUAAGGCACGUAAGCCUGCUUUGUCGCGAGAAGAAAGGGAAGAGGCUCAGAAGAAGAGGAGGGAGGCUAAGAGGGUUGAGAAUGAGCGGAUGAAGAAGCAGUUGUUUCCGCCGUUCAAAAAACAUGACAGAGGAGAACCUGCUGUUGCGUUGGAUCGCAUGGGUUACCCAGCGAAAAAUUCUGGCGUUCCUCCUGAAUUGAUGGGAAGGUACAGCGACAACUAAACGCUGUGUACCCUUUUUUAACCCCAAAAAUUACAAAGUUUGAUUUGUGUAAAAUUUUGCUGCCACUAAAACAAUGUCGUGUACCUGCUUGUGAAAGUUUGACUCUAUUAUGAAUGACGAAAAGUGUAUUCUGGAUCUAAUUAUCGUCUCCUUGUCACUUCAACGGCUUGUCACGGGUCCUCGAUAUUGCUCGUCUGCCCAUUUCUGAAUGUACGGUUCCUUUACUAAUAAGUAAAAUGAAGUUUAAGAUCU